AUGACGUUAAGUGAUACCCCAUUGUAUGAGCCGCCCAGUUUCCAAAAAAGAAGAGUAUUCGAAGAAGAGUCGGCGAUCACAGCAAUGGCAGCACACCGCGGUGAACCUGAUAGUCAGUGCCUUCUUAGUUCAGGAAGAAUUUUGUUCCCCAUUGAAGUGAAGAAACCCUAUGUGUUGUUUGUUAAUCAAGGCAUCGAACUAGGUGAUGCUUACAACGCAAAUAGUGAUCGAGAAUCGGCAGGGCCAGUUCGUCCAUUGCGACAAAUUUUAGGCUACAUGUGGUGCAACGGAUACCGUUAUGGAGUCCUCACUUCUCUGGAGCAAACCUGGUUUAUAAGACUCCACAUUAAUAACGCCGGUGAUCAAACGCGAGAUAUUGAAGUAUCACCAACUGUCUAUCACAGCCAAACUAAUCCGACAUUGCUCCAGAGUUACCUGGCGAAUAGCGGUCAGUCUCAGGGAAAUAUCGCAAGGGGACAAAAAGUAACAGUUCCAUCUUUUAAGAACAUGAGGCUCAUUUCGCAAGAUGAAUGCGCUGCAACAUUUCGAGCCACUUGGAAAGGAGAAGAUGUUGUAGUCAAGAAGUGUACUGUUUGGAAAGACCACUGGAAAUGUCAGGAUGCCAUGGAGCAGCUAGAACAUGAGACAAAGGUUUACAGUUUUCUACAUCAUCUUCAAGGUCGCUAUAUCCCCCGUAUGAAGAUAGCAGGCAUAGCGGAUGGAAUUGAUCUUAUUCUUGUAACAGAAUAUGCAGGUACUAACAUUAGGAAUAAGGAUCUUACAGAGGCGGAUCGCAUGAAAAUCCGAACAGCGUUGUCAGCAAUCCACAAAGCUCAAGUGCUUCAUGGUGACCUCCAUCGAGGGAAUAUUCUUAUCCAAGAAGAUGGCCAAGAUAGACAUUUCAAAAUAAUCGAUUUCGGGCUAUCCAAGUUUAUGGACGACAGAAAAAGGCUGAAUGACGAGAUGGAUGAAUUGGAGAAAAUACUUGCAUAG